GUGGCUGGAGCCUUGGCCCCACCAUCUUCCCAGGGUAUAAACACCGCAGGCUGCGCACACUUCAGCACCAUUGGGCAGAAGGGAAGCCCUGCAGAGGGUAGCACACACAGCUGGAGGGAGAACACAGGGGGGUACACUGCUGACAGACAAGCCAGGAUGGACCUGACUUCAGUUCUCUCCCUGGAAACCUGGGUCCUCCUGGCAAUCAGUCUGGUGCUUUUAUACCGAUAUGGGACCCAUAAACAUGACAUCUUUAAGAAACAGGGAAUUCCUGGGCCCAAACCUCUGCCAUUUGUAGGAACUCUGCUGAAUUACUACAAGGGUAUGUGGAAAUUUGACAUUGAGUGCUAUAAAAAGUAUGGAAAAAUAUGGGGGCUCUCUGCAGCAGGGAGGAACAGUUUCUGUGAACUGAACCUUGAACCUAUGUUCAGAUGCGUAUUUACUGAGAGUAUAGGAAAGUUGUGUUUGGGUACAAGUUCCUCAUACCAGAGUGCAUUUGAUCUAUUCUACAUGUUCUCUGAAGGAAGUCAUCACACCCCUGCAACCUCACUCCUUAUUGUACACUGUUUGCAGUAUCCAAUCAUUCAAGAUCUCCAAGCAUGACUGGACAGUCCAAUGACUAAAGUCAUACAACAGAUGGAAAACUCCUUCAGAAAAACAACUCUAUAAAUCACAGAAAACAGUCACUGUUCUCUACUAUGAUUUCCUCAAGGUCUAGGUACCUUCAACAACCAACUAAUACAUUCUGCUAUUACCCUAGAGACACUGAGAAACAAAUUUUUCAUUAUAAUGUUUAUUCAGGAUACAAUGACUCUAUUAGAUUCCCACUACAUUUCCUUUUGUUUAAGUUGUUUUAAUUACCUUCAAGAUUAUGCAGCCACACAGUGAAGAUACCCCUUUAUGUAUCAUAUUGUCUCACAGUCUUAGGUAGAUAAGCCAGAAUACAUUUUCCAUCCAGUAAAAUUAUUACAUUGAAAACAAGUAAAACAAAUGUUAGGAUAAGAAUUCUAUUAAAAUGAAGCACAGGAUUGAAUGAAGCUAAGGGAUCUGCAAUGCU